AUGUCUUCAACAUCAGUUUUAUCGAAGACGCUUCAGUCCAUCACCAGUACUAAGAUUCGCGAGUUGGAGAAGCAACGAACUCAGUACGAAAACCGCAAGGCCAAAAUCCUCCAAGAGGCCGAAGAACACAUCAACCAGGGCGACCGUAUCAGCUGCUUGCUUCGAGGGGUCAAGGAACUUUACGCAAAAGGACGCGACGACAAUCCUAGCAUCGACAAUAUCGACAACUUACUGGCUCAGUCCAAAUAUGACACGUCAGUGCCUCCGUCAAUGUUGCAGUCAUCUGAGGACCUGUUGAGGUCUAAGCUUGACGUACAAAGCCAUAAGCUUAGCAUGGCUCACUUGUACUCCCGACUUGUUACCGAGUGGAUCAAUCCUGGAAGUCCCAUGGAGGGUUCCGACGCCGCCAAAUUGUCAAAGGAGGACUCCUCUUUCGAGGUCAUCGACCAGGAACAAGAGCGUCUUCAGAACCUCCGUGACCAGUUCGAGAAGGUGGUGUUCACACCAUUGGAGACUGACGAGUCGGAGAUCAACGCGUAUCUGGCAAGUCUCUUCAAGACGAGGGAGAGUGAAAGGGCGCUUGAGGACGUGCGGCAACGGACCGCGCGAGCGAGCGUGGACUUUCUCAAGAGGCGGAACCCGUUCAACACGACCACGCUGAAGAUGUGCAUUGCCAGCCUCCUCCAGCAGGAUCUCUUAAGCGAUGAGAAACAGGCUAUCUUACGCGAGUUCGAGUCCAACAAUGUUGUUCUACGGGAGAUCGCGGACGUCCUUAACACAAGGUUCGUCGAUUUCGAGAACUGGGAGUGGGACGCCGGCGAGGAGGGAGUAUCGUACGUUCCGCGCCAGCAAGCCAACGGCAAGUACCGCAUUUGGAUGGACGAAGAUGUACUGCAGGCUAUCUUCAUUCACUGGGUCGGUAUCAACAGCUGCGUGAGCUUGAAGCGGACCCUCACAGACCUUGUUUCUCUGGACGGGACCGACCAAGUCUGGAGGUGGCACGCUGAGCCAUCCAUGACUGAGAGGCAGAUCCAGCGGCGAGCCUAUUAUCUCAGCGAACUUCCCACCCUGGUUCUUGAUGAAUCCUCGCAUUCAGCAACAACGAGAUGGCCUAGGGGAGGUACCAGGGGGCGCGGAAGAGGUGGAAGGGGAGCAUCUUUCCGGACUACCCAACGUCGACCUGCAAUCUCUGAUGAUACGGUUGCAGGUCUUCGCAGGAAGAAUUUCAUUGAUCACUUUUGCCUCGCCGCCCUGCCGAGCCAGGUAAACACGCUCAACGAGGAGAUGUACGACGAUGGAAGAAUGUCAGAAGAGGAGGACGACGAUGAUGUUUCCUCGUCUGAAUGGGGAAAGGCCAAGAAACCGGUCCUGAACAUCAAGCAAUUUCUUUUGCGCACGCUUGCAACUGAGACGAUGCUUCAUCAAGCGCUUGAUGGCACAGCUGCCGCGUUGCAGUCUGAUCUCAAGUGGUUCGGGGCCGGCCUGUCCCACACGUCAAUCUUUGCCGUCCUCCGCUUCUUUGGGUUCCCGGAUAACAUGCUUGCGUUCUACCGGAAGGUUCUUGAGAUGCCGGUGAACCUAGGCUCCAUUUCGUCUUCCGAGUCAGAGUCCACAUCAAACGCACCGCGCAUCAGGCGCAGGGGUAUGCCGAUGAGUCGAUCGCCAGCAAAACUCAUCGGCGAGUUGGUCUUGUUCGUGAUGGACUUUGCCGUCAACCAAGAGACAGGGCUACAACUAUACCGCCUGCAUGACGACCUUUGGGUUGCAGGCAGUCCUGCGGACACUGCUAGGGCAUGGGCUACCAUGCAGCACUUCGCCAAGGUUAUGGGGUUGGAGUUCAACAUGAAGAAGACUGGCUCGGUGUACUUGACCAAUGAAGGAGUUCCUCGAGAUGAAGCUCUUGAUGAGCAGUUGCCUAAGGGUCCUGUCAGCAUCGGCCACCUCGUGCUCGACCAUAAGGCUGGAAAGUGGAUCAUCGACCAGGCGAACGUCGCGGAGCACGUGAAGCAGCUUCAGAAACAACUUGCCGAGUGUCGAAGCAUCCUCGACUGGGUACGCACGUGGAACAGCUGCAUCGGCCGCUUUUUCGGUCAGGCGUUUGGAGAGCCGGCCUAUUGCUUGGGCAGGGAGCACGUGGAGAGCGUCUUACGAACCUACCAGAAGAUGCAGCACGACAUUUUUGCGCCAUAUUUAGCUGGCACCGGCGACGAGUCGAUUGCCGGCGCGGCGAACAGCCAACUCAGUGCAGUUCACUACAUCAAGUCCAAGAUCGAGCAGCGUUUUGGUGUCUCGGAUGUGUCGGACGCCUUCAUCUUCUUUCCCGACCAACUAGGUGGCUUGGGACUCCAAAACCAGUUCAUACCAUUUCUUAAGGUCCAGAAACACCUGUGUGGAAUAGGGGUAUCACCAGAAGAGAUGAUUCAGAGCUUUUUCGACCGAGAACGCAAUGACUACGAGGACAAGAAGAGCACCUUCAUGUCGAACAAGGCCACUGAGGCGCGUGAGCUAGGGGAUGAGCCCCUCAGCCGAUUCGACGCGCAAUUCCUCAGCCCAGAGGACUUGGAGACGUUCUUCACCUACGAUGAAUUCACCAAAAACAGAAGUACCACGAGCAGUCACUUGAAAGAACUCUACGAGCGUGUUCAGGGGACCCCAGCCGUGCUCGGCCCCAAGGCUGACCGGCAAGUUUAUCAGGCAUUGGAGGACUUGCCCAUCCAAUCGGCCAAUUUACGGUCUGAGCUGAGAUGGGUGGUCCAGAUGUAUCAUCAGGAGGCGAAAGAGCGAUUCGAUGGUCUUAGGCUCAUUGAGGAGCGAUUCCUGCCGCUGGGUGUCGUUGACAUGAUGAGGCAGAAGGCCGUGAGAUGGGGUUUGGUUCUUUAA